AUUUAAAGAACCUUUUUUUGGUGAUCUUAUGAUUUGACGGUUAUAAAAUUAAGAAUAAGAAUUGUGGUACCUUGCCUUUCAGGAAGAAGAAGACUCAGGUGAUGAGGAGAUUUUUAUUACCGAGGAGCAUAAGCAUUUUCUGGCUAAUAACAGGGCGAAAUCAAUGUACACUUGGAGCUUAGCAAAGGAGCUGAUGCAUAGGGAGCACAACAUAAUCAAUCGGAUUGGGUGGCGUGGUGGCCACACCUCCGACCAAAGUUUUAGCCAAGGAUUCUACGGCUCCCGCCAUACAGUGGAGCAGAUGAGCCUACUAACAACGCUAAAGUGUCCCAUUCCCGACAGCAUGGACUUCAACAGUGCCGGUAACUUGUUAUGCACCGGCAGUGAUCACACUAUCAUCAUCUGGGACUGGGCUAAGAAUAAGAAGCUGCACCAAUUUUGCUACAAAAAGAAAAUCACACAGAACAAAUUUAUCAAUAGCACCGGCUGUAUGGAUUUCGUGUACUCCAAUUGUUUUGGUGAAGUCUUCCUGACCUCCAUUCCGCCCUCUGGAGGAGCCACAAAGGCCAAGCGCCUCUACACACACAAAGGUAGCGUGGAUGACCUUUUAAUAGUACCCCAAAGCCGUCACGAACUAAUGAGCGCUGGCGAUGAUGGAAUUGUCAAGCUUUUUGAUCUCCGGACCAACGAAGGAGCCACCACAAUGGUGCACUGGGUCGAUAAAUACCUCUACACCAUAGCCCAUCAUCCGUUUUCACCAGAGUUCUGUGUUGGUGGAGAUGGCGAUGAGCUGUGCGUUUAUGACAAGCGGUAUUUGACAAAGCCUGUCCACAAAAUUAGCACGGGAAAUAAGAAUCCAAAUGGCAGGACUGGAGUCAUUUCGUCCGUGUACAAUCACAGCGGCAGCGAGAUUCUAGCUGUUUUUCACAAUGAAGGCACUUUUUCGUUCGACACACGCAACUACACAGAAGGCGAAUAUUUGCAUUUCUACAAGAAUGCUGGUUACCGCUCGAAUUUCUACGGGCCUCGAUCGGAGUACAUUGUCACCUGCUCCGACGAUUGUACGUAUUUUCUGGACAAGAAUACGGGUGUCACCAUCAGCUUCAUGGUGCUCUACAACUCAUCGCUAAACGGUAACCUAAAAUCACACCCCUGGAUGCCGUUGCUAGCCACACAUAACUACCGCGGACCAGGCGUCCGCCUAUGGAUUCCAAGUGGCCUUCUAUUCACGGACGACUGGUUCCGCGACGCAACGACAUGAAGGAAAAGGACCUCAAUUUGUCAGCUACAAGCAAACAGAU